CAAUGUUGUUCGCCCACUCGGCGGUCAGUCGUCUCCCGGUGGGCGCCGGUUCAGGCGCAGUGCGCGAGCUGGCGAAGAAGGCGGUGCGCUCUCGGAAGGGCUUCGAUCCGACCCGCGGCUGGGCGCGCCUCCACGAGCGCCUUUCCGAGGUGCCCGUGCACCUGCCGGCGCUAAAGAAGCUCGAGGUGGUGUUUGGCCGCGCUGGCGACGGCCACACCGCCGCGCGGCACUUUGUGCGCAUGCACCUCGCGCAGCUGCGGUUCCAGAACCCCGACGCGUCAGUGUCGCAGAGCAGCUCCAAGCUCGAGAAGAGCUCGCGAGUGAGCAUCGAGCUGGACGGCGGCGAGGCCGUCGAGCUGAACGUCACGGGCCUGGCGAACCGCACCGAGGUGCUGAGGCAGGUGCUCGGCGCGUCCGGGAUGGAGGCCGCUGAGGUGGAGGCUGCGGCGGCGGCGGCAACCUCCAUUCCCGACGUGACCAUCGACGCGGCAGGCUAUUGCGGCGAGCGGCGCGCGAAAGGUCAUGGCUUCCCGCCACGAGUCAUCGUUCCGCUGCCGCGGCGCGCUGCCGAGUGAGCGUUGUGCCGCUGGUGCAUGCCUGUGUGGUGUGGAAUAAUUAUCUUUAUCGACUACAAGACGCGCGCGAGGUCACGUCUCCCGAGAAAACACAGCGUGAGACCCGACAGUGCGACAGUGAGAGAAGGAACAUAGGACCGCAACGAGCUCGCACUAAUCCCGACCCCCGGUUUUUUCGCUGAGGGUUUCAAACUUGUUCUAU